CCUGCGCAAUUUGAGGGGCGUCGCUGAUGCUAUUUACGUUCUGUGAUGUGUUUGUCGACAUUCAACAGGGCUUGAUGUGUAUAGUUGAUAAUAAACAAUAAAAUAUUCAGUAGUGACUUCAUGAGACACAAUUUCGUGGAUUAAAUUAUCAAAUUGUGAAUAUUUUUAAUUGAAAAAAUGUCUUCGACUGUGGGACGUGACGAUAAAAACAGAAAUGGAAGUUCCAGCAAGCGUAAGUACGAUAGAGUAAAAGAAUCCAGCAGUUCUGACUCUGACGACUACGUACCGUACAUUCCGGUGAAGGAGCGAAAGAAGCAGCAGCUUAUGAAGUUGGGACGUCUCCGCCAUAUCAAAGAGGAAGGUCUAGCAGGGAAAAGUAGUAGUGAAAACGAGCGAGACAGGGAAGAGAAUGAGGACGACGAUGGCCAAGUCUGGGGGAGAAAAUCCAACAUAUCGCUGCUCGAUCAGCACACAGAGCUCAAGAGAAUGGCGGAAGCGAAGAAGGAGAGUGCCCUUGAGAAACAGUUGAAGGAAGAGGAGAAAAUUCUGGAGAGCGUCGCCGAGAACAAAGCGCUCAUGGGUGUGGCUGAGUUGGCCAAGGGCAUUCAGUACGAGGAUCCAAUAAAGACAAGUUGGCGUCCCCCCAGGAUAAUUCUGUCAGCGGGACCAGAGAGGUCAGAAAAAAUUAGGAGAAAACUUCGGAUUCUGGCUGAGGGGGAAGACGUGCCUACACCUCUCACCAGCUUCAAACAGAUGAAACUCCAUCGAGGGAUCAUUCAUGGGCUUGAGAAGAAGGGCAUCACCAAACCCACGCCUAUUCAAGUUCAGGGGAUACCUACUGUUCUGUCGGGAAGGGACAUGAUCGGAAUCGCCUUUACGGGCAGUGGAAAAACCCUGGUGUUUGUUCUACCACUGAUUAUGUUUUGCCUAGAGCAGGAAGUGGGUAUGCCGUUUAUGCCGAAUGAAGGUCCCUAUGGGCUUAUCAUAUGCCCGUCGAGGGAACUUGCCAAACAGACCUUUGACAUCGUUCAACAUUACACCAACAGUUUGAGGGCAGAGGGUUGUCCAGAGAUCAGGAGCUGCUUGGCGAUUGGGGGAGUUCCACCUGCUGAAUCCUUGAAGGUUAUUGGAAGGGGUGUGCAUAUCAUGGUGGCGACGCCGGGGAGACUCAUGGAUAUGUUGGGAAAGAAGACUGUGAAACUUGAUGUCUGCAGGUAUCUCUGCAUGGACGAAGCUGACAGGAUGAUAGACAUGGGCUUCGAGGAGGACGUCCGAACGAUCUUCUCAUUCUUCCGUGGUCAGCGACAAUCCCUUCUGUUCUCUGCAACAAUGCCGAAGAAAAUCCAGAACUUUGCGAGGUCUGCCCUCGUCAAACCCGUGACGAUAAACGUCGGUAGAGCUGGUGCUGCCUCGAUGAACGUCAUACAGGAGGUUGACUACGUCAAGCAGGAGGCGAAAAUUGUCUACCUGCUGGAGUGCCUCCAGAAGACACCACCACCGGUGCUGAUAUUCGCGGAGAAGAAACAGGACGUUGACGCCAUUCAUGAGUAUCUUUUGCUGAAGGGAGUCGAAGCAGUCGCCAUCCACGGGGGUAAGGACCAGGAGGAGCGUUCGAGGUCUGUCGAGGCCUUUCGAAAGGCCAAGAAGGACGUACUUGUGGCCACUGACGUCGCCUCCAAGGGACUCGACUUUGCCGAUGUGCAGCACGUCAUCAACUAUGAUAUGCCUGACGACGUCGAGAACUACGUUCAUCGAAUCGGUCGUACCGGACGCUCAGGCAAAACUGGCAUCGCCACCACCUUCAUCAACAAAUCCAAUGAUGAGUCUGUUCUGCUCGAUCUCAAGCACCUGCUCAUGGAGGCUAAGCAGAAGGUACCGCCGUUCCUACUGGAGCUUUGCUCGGAGAACGAGAAGUAUCUGAAUCUUGGGGAUGAGAGAGGAUGCAGCUACUGCGGUGGUCUUGGCCACAGGAUUACUGAGUGCCCCAAAUUGGAGGCCAUUCAGAAUAAACAGGCUUCCAAUAUUGGACGGAGGGAUUACCUUGCUAGUAAUGCCGCGGAUUAUUAAGGGGAAUGGGGGAAUUAGGUAUUGGAAGAGUGAAACGAUAAUUGGAUGCUAUUAUCGUGAAUCAUUAGGGGGCACCGAUUAUUGGGGCUUAAAUUUCUCCUCCGCUUCAUAUAUUUGUAGAAAUUAGGAUGAAGAUUUCUUUCUUCGUUUCGUUGAAAGAGGGAGAAGGGAUUACGUGUCGAUGCAACACAAACGGAAAAAAUUAUGUAAACAAUUAUGUAAAUGAAUGUUAAGGUAUAUUUAUUGUAUUUUUAUAAUUCUAAUUUAAGUGAAUUAAAGUGGAUAAGGUUACUGUACAGGAUGCAAAUAAAUUGUUAGAAAAAUUUA